AUUUUAAGUGGCACAACACAACAGGCUGUGUCAUGGAACUCGGGCUCCGUCUGUCUUCAGAUAUACGCCCCCCAUCGCAUUGUUACGGGAAUAUCUGUGACAUAUUCCACGAGAACGUACAGUAGGGUGUGUGUAAGUGUCGUUUGCCUCACUGAAAGGAGGUCGCGUGAACGUCUGGCGCGCGUGUAAAAUGACGGUCUCGAGUGCAGCACUAGCAACUGCGGGCGAGGAAGGCAGAGCAGAGCCAAAGCUUUAAUAGGAUUGGUCACCAGGCAGUGCAGUGGGGAUUCCUGGGGACUGGUGUCUAACCUAAAAUACUCCUAAAAGAUUUUACAACCACGGCUUUACAGCCAACACAUCCAAUGGCAGCAUCCGAGAAAACACUGAUUUACCGAGAAGACACCGAUUCGUUUCAAAACUUUCUUUCCAAACGGGACAUGCGCCUGAUAGACGCACAAGAAGAGUCAAAUUAUUUGGAUCUGAAAGACCUGCUGGAACUGCAAUUGGAUGAUACAAAGACAGUGAAAGUGACAUUUACUGGCGACUCGAAUCAUCUGGCAAUAAUUAAAAGCAUUAGCGGCAUGAGCGAUUCACAAGGAGAGCAUAACCCUUGCACUGAAAAAGUAAAAGAAUCUACAUGCACCGUGGAGGAAUGCGUGGAAAAGUCGAGCUCUUUUGAAACAGCAGCAACGGAAAUACUUCAAGAUUAUAAAAACGACUCGAACUGUACCAUGAAAACAGAAAAGCCCAGAUCACCAAAUUUAGAGACACCGAGCCCAGGAAACAAUAACCAUGGACAAUACGAUGAUGUUUAUAUGAGCAGCGAAAGUGAAUCGGACGAUGAAGUCACUGUGGUGCUUUCGGAUCGUGGCACGCCUGAAGUCCGUGAAGAUGAAUCGCACUAUAUCACAACUCACGAAAUCCAACUUUUGGAGUUGGACCAUGAUGCGGAUUACGACUUGGAGACGGGAUCCAGCUGGGAUAUCGAGGACGAUCUCCAGGUCUACUCAUUCGUCGAUUAUGCGUCUUUUGACAGCGAUGAAACGAUAGGGGCAAAAGAGGCGUCCAACAACCAGGCUAAUACGAGCAAAGCACUGGGCAGCAGUAAGCCUGAAAGCAGCCUAUGUGACACGGAAAUAUGUGCCAGCUCAGAUGGGGGGCUGUCAAAAAAGCAAAAUACAGCCGGGCACAUUCACCUGUCAAUCAAAGCCACUUCCCGCGCUGUGAAUAAACCAAGCACCAUCCAAGAUCAAGCAAAAGGCAUAAGUCGCUAUGUUUUGAAAGGAAUGGAUGCGAGGGGCGACAAAAUGUGUGAUAACGCAAAGUGUUUCAUUGCUGUGCCGGGGCGGUUGCAUUUUGGCAGCAAACUGAAAAGCAAAGAUGUGAACGAGUAUUCAAGCGGUGCGUCCAGCGCGGUGAGCGAGCUCGAUGACGCCGAUAAGGAAGUGCGCAAUCUCACCGCCAGGGCUUUCAAAAGUUUGGCGUACCCAUAUUUUGAUGCCAUAAACUUUAGUACUUCGAGUGAGUCUUCUGCUUCAGAGCAUGGGCUGGGAAUCAACAGGUGGUCGACAUUUGUUGACCUGAAGUAUGGCAAGGGGCGAGAUCAAAAUUUAGUAGCGCAUAAAGGCUCAACAUCCAAUUUCCAUUUCGCCAAAAAGAGGGACGGUAAGGGGAUAACGGGCUUGACUUUGACCAGCAUGCGAGCGCCCCCCGUCGAGAUAUUUGCUCUGAACGGCAAUUUAGUCAGACACAAAAAGGCAUCGUCCACCGCAAAAAAGACUGAGCUCAUGGGUACGUUUUCACAUGGCCAAAGUGGCCUCAUAACACUGACUGAAACGCUCGAUUUUCGGUGCAAUGUCAAAUCCGGGCAGCCUGUAAAUGAAAGCACAGGAGGAUCACGUUCCACAGAUGAAGUUACAAACACCUUGCCAAGCGCUCAAGGGAGUGAGGCCAGCAAGCGACCCUGCAAUGCAGGGGAAAGCAUGGAAGACACACACAAGAAAGCCAUAUUCGCAUCGAGUCUCCUCAAAAAUGUAAUUUCUAAGAAAAUGCAGUUCGAGCAGGAGCGGAAAAUGGAGAGGGGUGAGAUAUGUGAGGCGCACCACUCGCCCUCUCCGUGCUUCGGGACGCACGAGGCACACAGAGAGAAAGCGGACAAGAAAAAUUCCAAGGGGCUGCAAAGGCAAAGCUCGAAAUUCUCCGAAACCGACUCCGACUUCACGAUCGUCUGCGUGGACGAUCUGGGCGACAUAGUAGACGGUAAUUCAAGCGAUGCCAAAGACGACGGGCGCAAAGAAGAGACUUUGACGAAAGCAUCAGAAACGAAUUUAGAGUUGGCGAAUGAUACUAAAAAAGGAGCAUUCGAAGCAUCCAAAAGCACGCUGCUUCGAAGCCAAAAUAGCGCGUUCAGAUCGUGGAGGGACGACGAGCUAGAAUUUCGAAAGGAACAUAAAAACGACAAAAGUCCUGAGGAGAAACAGUUACGCGAGUGUCGGGAGGAAACCAGCUCCAGCGUCGAUUCGGCGAGCGGCAAGCACACUAAAAUGUCACAUUUGUUUGUGCCAAGCAUACAGCUUCCAUCCACAGAGACGGACCUCAGGAAACCGCCGCGGAACGCGAAUUCCUCCACGUGCGAUCAAGCAGAGAGCGGAGCUUUGAAGUGGCGUUCGUAUGUAUCAGACGCCACGCGCAGCGCUAUGACAUCAAAGUCGCCCGAAAUCAAAAUAAGUUUGCGGAGCGUUCGGGACAACAAAAACGACCCGUUCAAUAUUGCCAAGUUACUGACUCCCAAUUUAGGCUCCAAGACAGCCGAGGACAACAGAUGCCAAGCGCUCGCCGCGGCUUUCAAGGGUGAGUCGUCUGACAAAGUGCCUCACUUUGUAGUCCGAGACAUUAGAGAUAACAAGGGCAAGUUACAGACCCCCAUUUACCAGGUUAGAGACGUGCGUAAACUGGUUAAGAGCUCAUAUCACUUUGUGUCUUUAGAUAACAACGACAACAAAUCUAGCCACUCGACUCGUGAUGGAGAGCACAAGACAUUAAAGCAGAGUCCUUAUCAGAACUCAGCCUCUCUUUCACCCAUAGUGAUUAAAUGCCAGUCUGUGAAGACAAAUAGCAAUGUGAAGCAAUCUGGAAAUAUAAUAACAGACCUCCCCAAGAGACUUCCAGAGGAUAUAGUUGAAAUUGACAGGUCCUCUCCUCACGUUACUGAAGCUAACAGGCUACCAAAGCAAGAAGUGCCAGCCGGAUUAAAAAUUGAAACAAGCACACAAAAACAAGAUAAAACAAGUGACACAGCCGAGAAGACGAUUGAACCCAAGAUGGCCAACCAGGCUGCUUUGGAAAAAUUGCAAGCUGCUGUCAAAACGAUGGAACAACUGUAUGUUUUUGACAAGAACGAGUGGAAGAGAAAAAAAGAGCCACGACCGAUAACAGAUAGCCAUGUGCUCUCGCUCAUCACCAGCGAGGAACACAGCGUAGAGGAACAGGAAAGCAAUUCUAGCUCCACUCCCGCUGAUAGAUUUCUGAGACGAGAUUCAAACUCAACCCUGAAGGAGAUGGCACCUAAAAAUGACAACAAGUCAUCAACCACUCCGAUCACCGGGGAAGAGCCAAACAGACCUAAACCAAUCAUGCAGCUCACAGGAACAACAUGUAAGAAUAUAAGCCAGAAGCCAUUAGCAACAAAAGCACCACAAACAACACAUGUUGCAUCACCUCUGAGCUCCAAAGCUGUUGCACCUAAAUCUCCAAAAAUACCCAUUUCCCUGAAGAUAUCACAGCCGAAGUGUGUACUGGAAGAGAGGGAGAGGUCGAAUGGCAGUGAAACAGAGUUUGCCCCAUUGCAGUUCACUUCCACAGCAGAUUCUGAGAACUACUUAACCAUACCAGUAAAGCCUCAAGCAACAUCUGCAAUAAAGCCAACCACCGCUGGAUUGGGCAAAAUGUCUGUUUAUACAAUCCCAGCUGGAGGAGGUAAAACCCAAACGGCCAGUCCACCUUCUUACCUGGGUUACAGUGGCUAUCCGUCACCAAAACGUUCAUCUUUUGUCAUGGAGAGACAGUCCCCAGAUACCCCUACCGCCACUAUUUACCACACACCCCUGCCUGUAACAAUACAAGCUGCUCAGCCUCAAGUCAUUUGCUUUUCCCCUACAGUUCUACCCUCCCCCAUCCCAACAGAUCACUUCCAGGCAACCCAAAGAAAGAUGCUGCUGGAUCCCACCACAGGAAGCUACUACUUGGUGGACACUCCAGUGCAGCCAUCAACCAGGCGUCUCUUUGACCCAGAAACCGGGCAGUAUGUGGAUGUCCCCAUGCCGCAGCAGCCUCCCAUGACCCCUGUCCCACUGCCAAUAUCCCCUCUUGCUCUCGGCCCAGGAGCUUAUGGCCAUACCUACAUGUUUUACCCAGGAUACAUGCCAACCACGAUGAUCCCCGCAUGCACUAUUCAGUCCCAGCUUUCUAUGCAGUCAGAAGCAGAUGAUGGGGAUAAAUCCCAUUCACACAUGGGACAUCAGGAGGAUGGAGCAUACAUGGAGAGCCCUUAUUACAUGCCAUCUGGGAAGUCCUCACAAACAACCUCUGUGGCUCAACAUGUUAAAACCAGCAGGCUGGCUAACAACAUGCAGCCCGUCAUCAGCAUCACCUCCCAGCAAGGGCCAAGGAUCAUCGCUCCCCCCUCCUUCGACGGCACCACCAUGAGCUUUGUGGUGGAGCAUAGGUAAAACCCCACUCAUCUUCAGUGAGCCACAUGAUGUCAUCUUUUCACUGAGUUGAUUGCAUUUUUUGCUGAACUUAUUUACUAUAUUUUGGAAUCUCCUUCAUCAACUUCAUUGAGAAAUCAUCCACUCUUCUCCCAUUAUAAUUUGUGUUCCACUUGUUUCUGCUCAGUAUUCAUUUUGUGAAUCUAUCAUGUCUGCUUCUCAAAUCUUUAUAGAAGUGGAUGGAUAUUUCUGCAUUGGAUUUUUUUUCGAAAGGUUAUUUGAAUGUGCAUUUACUGUAUGUAAAAUAAUAAUAAUAAUAAAUAAGCACCUUCAGAAUAAUGUCAGGAAAAUGAGAGUACAA